AUGUUUGGAUCCGUCCUACUCGCCCCAGAGAUUGCCAACAAGGACACAGGGCUUGCGCAGCUGGCACACAGUUGCUUCAAAGCAUUCGGGAUGCUCCUCUGGCUUCCGAUGGAACAUCGAGAACAGCUUCUCGGCAAGUCUCUGGUAGAAAAAUUCAGGGAUCCGAGAAACGUCGGGUAUGCCCGUAACCUCAUCGAAGAGAACCUGUGCGAUGGAAAAAUUCAGGGGAUCUUCUGGGCGGACGACCACAGUAGGAAAGGGUGCUUCCUGACCUGUUCUGUUGACAGAAUCAUUACCCAUGAGGGACUAGCCGGGAGCGCCGUUUCUGCAGAGACUGAUUUUGUAGGAUUUAGCACUGGUACUGGCAUCGCCGCACCACCUCAGACAGGCAAAAUGUCAGUUACUCUCCAUACGUCGCUAGGCGAUAUCAAGAUUGAAGUCUACUGCGAAAGCGUGCCCAAGACGGCCGAGAACUUCCUCGCCCUCUGCGCAUCGGGCUACUACGAUCAAUCACCCUUUCACCGCCUUAUCCCCAAGUUCAUGACCCAGACCGGAGCUCCCGCGACACCGAACCCCCCCGAGAACCCCAAGGGCGGACGCAGCAUCUGGGGAGGCGCGUUCGAGGACGAGAUUCGACCCGCGCUGCGACACGGCGCGCGAGGUGUCGUGUCCAUGGCCAACAAGGGACCCGGCACGAACGGCUCGCAGUUCUUCAUCACCUUUGACAAGGCACCGCAUCUGGACGGCCUCAACACCAUCUUUGGACGCGUCAUUGGAGACGAGGGCCUGGCGACCUUGGCCAAGAUGGAGGCUGUCGAGGUUGAUCGGAAGAACAGGCCGAAGGAACCCAUCCGGAUCGAAAAAGUUACGAUCCACGCCAAUCCAAUUGCUGGUUGA